AUGAAUUCCAAGACAGGUCUAUCAGUGGGAGAUGCCACUCUAAGGAGGAGGAUCAAAACCUGGGAAUUCAUGGCCUUCUUUAACCCUCAAGAACUCCGUAAAGAGACAUGUCUCCUCUAUGAAAUUAAGUGGGGUAAUCAAAAUAUUUGGCGACACUCCAAUCAAAAUACAUCUCAACAUGCUGAAAUCAACUUCAUGGAAAAAUUCACUUCAGAAAGACAUUUUAACUCAUCUGUUAGAUGCUCCAUUACCUGGUUCCUCUCCUGGAGCCCUUGCUGGGAGUGUUCCAAGGCCAUUAGAAAGUUUUUGGAUCAAUACCCCAAUGUGACCCUUGCCAUUUUUACUUCUCGACUUUAUUGGCACAUGGAUCAACAGCAUCGUCAAGGACUCAAGGAACUUGUCCACUCUGGUGUGACUAUUCAGAUUAUGAGCUACUCAGAGUAUCAUUACUGUUGGAGAAACUUUGUUGACUAUCCACCAGGGGAAGAAGAUUACUGGCCCAAAUACCCCUACCUUUGGAUUAUGUUAUAUGUCCUGGAACUCCAUUGCAUAAUUUUAGGGCUUCCACCUUGUUUAAAGAUUUCAGGGAGUCAUUCCAAUCAGCUUCCGCUCUUCAGCCUUGAUUUGCAAGACUGCCAUUACCGAAAGAUUCCAUAUCAUGUUCUUGUAGCCACGGGGGUGGUCCAACCAUUUGUGACCUGGAGAUGA